GAGAGAGCCCCACGGCGGCGGUGGAGAGGCGGGGCGAGCCGGGAAGGGAAAGUGCCGGGAAGGGGAAGUUGGGAGAGCGGUACGGCCAUGGCCACGGCUCCAUCGGACCCCGCUGCCAGCCCCAGCCCCGUCCCGCCGCUGGACCCGCACGCCGUGCCCAUGGUAGCGCUGAACUACGGCGUCCGCCGCCGCCUCGGCCUCUACCUCAACCCGCGGGCGGCCGCGGCCGCGGACUGGACGGCGCUGGCGGAGGCGCUGGGCUGCAGCUUCCUGGAGAUCCGGCGGCUCGAGGGGCUGCCCGACCCCACGGCCACGCUGCUGGAGGAAUGGCCGGGCCGCUGCCCCGGCGGGGCCACCGUGGGGCGGCUCCUGGAUGUGCUGCGCCGCUUGGGUCGCGACGAUGUCCUGACGGACCUGGCCGGCAGCGUGGAGGAGGACUGUAAGAAGUACUUGCAGAGGAAGCAGGAAGAGGCUAACCAGCCCCUCCAAGUGCCAGCAGUGGACAGCAGCGUGCCGAAGACAUCAGAACUGAUGGGCAUCACCAUCAGGGAUGAUCCAUACGGGAGUGGAACAGAGAUAUUUGAUGCCUUCAUCUGCUACUGUCAGAAAGACCUCCAGUUUGUCCAGGAGAUGAUCAGGGAGCUGGAGCAAACAGAGUUCAAACUGAAGCUCUGUGUAUUUGAUCGGGAUGUCUUGCCAGGAGCCUGUGUGUGGUCCAUCAGUGGAGAACUUAUAGAGAGGAGGUGUCGGAGGAUGGUGGUUGUUGUUUCAGAUGACUACCUGGAAAGCGACGAAUGUGAUUUCCAGACCAAAUUUGCUCUUAGUCUUUCCCCAGGUGCUCGUCACAAACGGCUGAUUCCAGUCAAGUACAAAUCCAUGAAGAACGAGUUUCCGAGUAUCUUACGGUUCAUUACCAUCUGUGACUACACCAAUCCUUGCACCAAAAAAUGGUUCUGGAUGAGACUGGCAAAAUCCCUCAUGCUGCCCUGAUGCAAAGUCCUGAGAGCUGGGUGCUCUUGUAACCUGUCCUGGCUGUGCCUUCAGACCAAGGGUGUCCUUGACACGGGGUCUUCCACCACUUCAGAACCUGGAUCCUUGCUUGGAGCCUGUGAUUGGGAACAAAGAACUCUCUCCAGCACUUCUUCACAACUCUGAGGGGA